AUGGACGAUGAAGAAGCUUGGGCGGCAGUGUUCGGCGAUGGACUGGACUGGCCGGACGACGGCGAUGGACGGCGUGCGGUGGAGGAUGGAGAGCUACGAUCUGAUCUGCUGUGGAAGGCGAAUGUAGCUGUUUCUGGUGAUGACUCGGGUGGUCCACAUGAGUGGUUUCCUGAUACUGGUGCUACCAACCAUGCUACGCCCGAUUCUUCUUUGUUGACCUCUGCGACGAGUUAUGAUGGCCCUGAGACUCUUCGCGUUGGCAGUGGUACAGCAUCUGUUCCUUCUCGUUUCUUGGACUAUGCUUUUGAGACUGCUGUUUAUCUUAUAAAUAAAAUGGCCACUCGUGUUUUGUCUGAUGAGUCACCACACUUUCGUUUGCAUCGUUCUCCCCCAUCCUACUCUUACUUGCGGUUCGAUAAGGCUGUGUUUCCUUUUGUUUCUCCUAUUGCCUUGCAAGUUCCUAAGCUACGGUCCGAACCAUGGGCCACCGCACCGGUUGUGACGAGCCGAGGGAAUGAUGUCUCGGCCACCUUUAUUGAUGGCACUCGGCAGAUUGACGAGCCCGUGUUGGCUUCUGGCCAUGGUGACGGUGCUGGUCACGAGCAGUCCGCAUCGAGUGAGCGGACUGUCUCGAACCAGCAGGCGGUCAAGUUUCCUGAGUGGCGUGAUGCAAUUGACGCAGAGUUCAAUGCCUUGGUUUAUAAUCAUACAUGGCGUCUUGUUCCUUCUCGACCAGGUAUGAAUGUUGUUGGUUGGAAGUGGGUUUUCAGAACCAAACGGAAGGCCGAUGGUUCAAUAGAACGUCAUAAAGCACGAUUGGUGGCCAAGGGUUUUAAUCAGGUUGCUGGAGAGGACUUUUUUGAGACAUUUAGUCCUGUGGUUAAACCUACUACGGUACUUCUUCUCUUAUCUUUAGCCGUAUCGCGUGGGUAUUCUAUUCGCCAGUUGGAUAUCCACAAUUCUUUUUUGAAUGGCGAGCUAGCUGAGACUGUUUACAUGCACCAGCCACCUGGUUAUGAGGAUCAGUCAUUACCUGAUCAUGGUAUUCUCAAACGUGCUAGCUUGGUGGAUUGUAUGCCAGUGGUCACGCCUGUCUCUACCGCAAAAACCGCCGACGAUGUUGCCACUCCCUAUGUCGAUCCAACACAAUACAGAAGUCUUGCUAGUGCUCUCCAAUAUCUUACGCAAUGGACAGUAGCACGUUCUUUAACUGAAGCAGAAUACAAGGGUCUGGCUGAUGUAUCUGCUGAGGUUACAUGGCUUGUUUCAACUAAAGCAGAAUACAAGGGUCUGGCUAAUGUAUCUGCUGAGGUUACACGGCUUGUUUCUCUGCUACACGAGAUCGGCAUCCCACCUGCGUCUCCUCCUCGACUAUGUAACAAAACAGCUCUUCUUAUUGAUCAAACAACAUUUUACCUUCAAGGAAGUAUGCCUAGCUAA